AUGAUAUUAAUCUCGAUAUUAUUGACUUUAUUUUAUGUAGAGGCGGUCGUUGUCCCUUGGCUGGAUGACGAUCCCUUUAUUGACGUUACAAAACCAUCGAAACAAGAAUUAGGAUUCCCACCCGUUCUACCCCCUAACGAAAUCACAGACGACACUAGAAGCUUACCGUCGGAAGGUUUUAUACCUGAUUACGUUUUAAAACACUGCCCACUAGUCCAUCUUUACAGCGAGGAAGAAUACUGGCCUACCGAUGUCUCUGAAUUUAUCCACCAUUUUAGAGUUAUGACUAAUGAAGGAAAGUUGCUUCGAAACGGUACUUUGGACUUGAAAGACUUGAAAGAAGAGUUUCUUGAUCUUGAAGAUCCUCAAGAAGUGGUUGAGAGCUCGGAUACCUAUCUAUCCUCUUUAGAUGAUUUUGACAAAGAUCCACGUUGGAUGCUUGGUCACAAACCAGAGUAUAGCUCUGGUCGAAUCAAUGAUGCACCUGCUGUUCUUAUCGUGGUGGAUAAGGGUAACGGCUGGGUAGAUGCUUAUUGGUUUUAUUUCUACGCAUUUAACCUGGGACCAUUUAUUAUGGGUUACGGGCCGUGGGGCAACCAUGUCGGUGAUUGGGAACACUCUCUGGUUAGGUUCUAUGAGGGUGAACCAAAAUAUUUAUGGAUGAGCGCGCAUGGUGGUGGUGGCUGCUAUCAAUUUGACGCCAUUGAGAAAAAGAAACGCUACAACUACAUUCAUGGGAAGCCUACUCCUGAAGUUGUUGAGAGGCCACUAAUCUUCAGUGCAAGAGGAACACACGCAAAUUACGCAUCUGUUGGCCAGCACGCUCACGACGUUCCCUUUUUCUUUAGUGCAUUGAGUGAUUUCACGGAUCGCGGUCCAUUAUGGGAUCCAGCGUUGAAUUUCCUGGGUUACACAUAUAACGGAACAAAUGUGACACCAGUUUCAAAAAGAGAAGAGGAAUUGGGUACCAGUUGGCUUACGUAUAAAGGGCGCUGGGGUGACAAACAGUUGCCUUGGAGUGACCCUAGACAAAGAUGGUGUCCUGUGCAGUGGAGGUACAUCGAGGGGCCAACCGGACCUCUCACCAAAAAUUUAGAGCGUACAGGGCUUUGCCAGAGAAUGAAAUGGGGUAACAUUUUGCGUGUGUGUACGCCAAGAAGAACUAUCAAGCGCGGCCAAGGGUUAGAUGCAGAGAGAAAUGAUAUGGUGGGAGAUAAUUGUGGUGUUCUGCUGUAUCGCAUACGGCCAAAAUGGUUACGUUCGCUCUUCAGAAUUGCCAUGUGGCGUGGCGUUGCAUGUUUUCUGAUGGAUUACUUUACUGGUUAA